UUCCCAUUUUACCUCAAAAAAAAAAAAAAAAAAAAAGAACAAAGGGAGAAAAAAAUUUCCAGAUCACCUCUCCACAAACUGUGAUGGGGAUUAUAGGCCAGGAUACAAUCCUUCCUUGCACCAUCUCUUCCACAAAGCCACUGGAUAACCCGGAAGUGCAAUGGAGGAAAAUCACAGACUGGCACACAGAGAACAUCUACACAUAUAGACAGUCUGGUGGUGAACCAGUGCAGAAAUACCAUGGGAGGACAUCAAUGCCAGAAGAUGGAUUUGCCACUGGGAACAUGUCUUUGACAUUAAAGAAUGUUCAGCCAGCAGAUGAAGGAAUCUAUGGUUGCCUUGUGAUAUCCAUAGGCUGGAGCGCUGACACAUCCACCGAGCUCAGCGUUGCAGGUAUCGGGGAAGUGUUCCUUGAACUUCUGGGCCCCCAAGGGCAAGGGCUGGAGAUUGGCUGCAGAUCACACGGAUGGUUCCCUGAGCCAACUGUCCAGUGGGUGACUGAGGAUGGGCAGGAUCUGUCUGCAAGCACUGAAAUACAGCAGGACAGCAGGAAGCUCUUCAGUGUGUGGAGUCGAGUCACGGUUACAGGAGAGGAAGUGGGAAAAGUCACCUGUCAAGUCCUGAACCCCCUGGUGCAGAUGGAGAAGAAAACUGCUGUGCGCCUCUCAGGUGCUGCUUUUCCCCAUGUGUCUCCAUUUGUCCCUGCCUUCUGGACAGUACUCACUGUAUUCCUUCUCACAUUGGCUGCUGGUGCUGUUCUGGUAUUUCAAGGACUCAAAAGGCUGCAGUACGACAAAGGUAAGCACAGGGGAGACAAUGGAGAGUUCAUGGAACAACUGAUGUGGCCAGAGAAUAUUGCCCUGGACGCUGACACAGCUCAUCCCAGAUUGGAAAUAUCUGCAAAUGAGGAUAGUGUGAAAGAUACUGGUAUCAUCAGAGACUUGCCCAGGAACGAGAAGAGAUUCGAUUCCCAUCUGUUUGUGUUGGCAAAGGAAGGAUACACAUCUGGGAAACACUACUGGGAAGUUGUUGUUGGGAGAAGAAGCAGUUGGGCCGUGGGUGUUGCCCGGGAAUCUGUGACUCGCAAAGGGCCGUUGACUCUGUGCCCUAAGAACGGCUUCUGGGUCAUAGGUCUGGCAGAUGGGAAAGACUAUUGGGCCUACACGGAUCCUCAGACCCGUCUGAGUGUGAGUGGGAAGCUGAAAUACAUUGGGAUCUUCCUGGACAUCCCAGCCAGGCAGGUGUCUUUCUACAAUACCCUUAAGGGACCAGAUGCUCUGUACACUUUUAGCAUUGCUGAUGGCAGCAGCCAGGCAGAUGAAUUCAUUCCCUUCUUCUCCCUAGGCCGUUAUACUCUAAUCCCUGAUCCUAAUCCUCUGCUACUACUGCCGUAG